AUGCUACUCAAGGCUUAUUCUACAAUCUCGCAAAAGACAGAAUGCCCCAUAACAGUGUACCUCGAGCCAAGCUCGUCUUCCAUAGUGCAAGGCUGUCCGGGAAUACCGAGAAGUAUCCCCAGGAUUGAAACCGUGGCGCACAUUAGAUCGAUCAAUGGCUUGCCGUUCCCGCUCAGGUCUGUGUCGCUCUACUUGAUAAUGCGCCAGAAAGUUGUGGUGCCUACUAAAUUUGGAACCAAUGAGCCGUUUAAGGAGUUGAAAGUGUAUGAAGAGCCGUUGGCGUUCAAACCGGCUCGAGACGUUUCGCAGAGUCUCUUGGGGCUAACGCUCCCCAUCUUGAUUCCAAUCCCGCGGGAUGUCACUCCAUCAGCGUCGCUGGCGACAUUUGGAGCCACCACGGUCCACUACUUGAUGGUGAAAGUGGCAAUCGGCGAUAGCAGUGCCACGGUGCCGCUGUCGUAUGUUGAAAGUUUCCCCGUGGUCAUCAAGUGUUACGAUACUUUGCCGUUGUAUCGACAGUUCAACGAGCCGGUGCUCAAUUCGUCAAAGAGUCCCGAUAAUCAAAUCAUUGCCGAUGUCAUGAUCCCAACCACGUCGAUUGGUCCUGGCGAUAAGUUGAAUUUGAACUGCAAACUCAUGACGAACUCGGCCAGUAAUAAAGUCAAACGACACAUUACAUUGAAACAAAUCACUUUCCAGGUGAAGGAGUAUUUGGAAUGUUUUGAUGGCGGGCUACCGCCUUUGAGAGAAAACAAGCUUUACACCACGACUUUAACGUCGCCAUACGAACUCAGCACACAGGGCAUGGACCACAAGUUUUCCCUUGAUUUUCCUCGACUGAAUGAUUAUUUACGCAUCUACCAGAUGGACGAGCCAACUAUCAUCGAGCAAGAAGUGUCCCAAGAUCACGCCACCUCCAUUAUAGAGUCCACCACAAUCUCAUCAAGCAAGCCCUCGGAUAAAUUGGGGGAAGGGUUGCCAAUAACCCAUAAUCAAAGUUUCACCCUCCAAGGGCAUUUCUACUCUAUCAAGUUUGAAGUGAUUUUGAAAAUCAGAUUCUCCAAGGCUAAAGAUUUUGAUAUAAGACUCCCAAUAACCGUUUGCCCUUUUGAUCGCAGUUCUAGUGAAUAUUUGUUGAAAUGGAUCAUGCAUGAGUGCGAAGUUGCCAAAGCUCGCUUCGGUAAACAGUUUAUCGAUGAGUUUUUUGCAGCUAAAAAAUAUAGUGAUGUUUGCUUGUUAAUGAAUCGAUAUCGAUCGCCGCCUGUUGUUUAUCGAUAUUGCAAAGAAGACUGGGAAAAGUUGGGUUAUGAUCCAGCCAGCUUUAACGAUCCAAAGUCAGCACAUAUAUCGCUGUACAUAGACUAG